ACCACCACCGUGACCUCGCGUCAGUCAGUCCCGUCAGCCGUCGUCACCGCCUUGUGUCCUCUCCGCGGCCAGCUUUUCUCCGCCCUUUCCUGCCCGUACGGCCACCAUACGCGGCCCAAACCGCCGCCCAAAUGCCGCCGCCGGCGGAGGAGUUCGCCGUCGACGACCUCGACGAGUUCGAGAGUCGCCUAGACAGUUUCCUCAACCGCUUCCACGCCGACGACCUCCGCCGCAUCCUCCUCCCCUUCCCGGACGGCAAGCUCCAUUUCCCCCUCGUCAUCGACUUCGCGGAGCUCCUGGAGUUCGACCCCGAGGUCGCCCACCAACUCUACGACUACCCCAAGGACGUGCUCGAGCUGUUCGACGCCGCCGCGCAACGCGCCCUCGACAAAUUCGAUGCCGCCGCUCGACGAGCUGACAAGAGGAAGGCGGGCGACGAGACAAUGGAGAAGAAGUUCGUGCACGUGCGCGUCAACACCUCGGGGUCGGCACUCGAAUGCCCUGAAGCGUCCCCGAGCAUUGGGAAGGUGAGGGUGAAGCACAGGGGAACUCUGCUCACUUUGAAGGGGACCGUGAUCAGGUCCGGUGGCGUGAAGAUGAUCGAAGGCGAGAGGAAGUAUCAGUGCAGGAAAUGCAAGUGCAGGUUUACGGUUCAUCCUGAGCUUGAGGCUGGGAAUCGUAUAACUCUUCCUGCAUCUUGCAAAUCCAAGAGUGCAAAAGGUUGUGGAGGUGCCAAUUUCCAAUUGAUAGAAGAUAGCAUAACCUGCCAUGAUUACCAAGAAAUAAAAAUCCAAGAAAAUAUACAGCUUCUAGGUGUUGGGUCUAUACCCCGUUCGAUGCCUAUAAUUUUGAUGGAUGAUCUUGUUGAUAUUGUUAAAGCUGGGGAUGAUGUUGUUGUUACGGGUCGAUUAUCUGCAAAAUGGUCUCCUGACAUCAAGGAUGUACGUUCAAACCUUGAUCCUAUGCUAAUUGCCAAUUUUGUGAGGAGAACCAAUGAACUGAAGUCUGAUCUAGACAUACCUGUUGAAAUUAUCAACAAGUUUGAGGAAUUCUGGGCAGCUUCCAGAGCUACUCCACUGAAAGGAAGAAAUUCCAUCUUGAAAGGCAUUUGUCCUCAAAUUUAUGGGUUAUUCACAGUGAAGCUUGCAGUUGCUCUUACCUUAAUUGGCGGGGUGCAGCAUGUUGAUGCUUCAGGAACAAAGGUUCGUGGAGAACCACAUAUGCUUCUUGUCGGUGAUCCAGGCACUGGCAAAUCCCAGUUUCUGAAAUUUGCUGCUAAAUUGAGCAACCGUUCAGUGAUCACAACUGGUCUUGGAAGCACCAGUGCUGGUUUAACUGUCACAGCAGUCAAGGAUGGAGGGGAGUGGAUGCUUGAGGCUGGCGCUCUUGUUCUUGCUGAUGGAGGGUUAUGCUGCAUAGAUGAAUUUGAUAGUAUGCGAGAGCAUGACAGGACAACAAUACAUGAAGCCAUGGAGCAACAAACAAUAAGCAUUGCAAAGGCUGGAUUAGUGACAACACUCAACACAAGGACUACAGUGUUUGGUGCCACUAACCCAAAAGGACAAUACGAUCCAAAUGAAUCCUUAUCUGUGAAUACAACACUUUCAGGACCACUGUUGAGUAGAUUUGAUAUAGUUCUUGUUCUCUUGGAUACAAAAAACAAAAAAUGGGAUAAAAUAGUUUCAUCUCAUAUAUUAGCUGAGAACACUGAAGAAAAGAAAGGCAAGACAAGUGAUCCGGAAGUAAUGUGGACACUGUCCAUGUUGAGAAGGUAUAUUCACUAUGUGAAGCAGCAUUUCAAACCUGUGCUGACCAAGGAGGCUGAAAGAGUUAUCUCUAGUUAUUAUCAGCGUCAGCGACAAUCAGGAACUCGGAACGCAGCAAGGACGACUGUGCGCAUGCUUGAGAGUUUGAUAAGGCUAGCACAAGCACAUGCAAGACUAAUGUUCAGAAAUGAUGUUACGAAACUUGAUGCUAUCGCUGCCAUAUUAUGCAUUGAAUCCUCCAUGACAACAUCUGCAAUAGUAGAUACUGCUGGGAAUGCUCUGCACUCGAAUUUUACAGAGAACCCUGACCAGGAAUGUAUCCUGAAAUGUGAUUCCAUAGCUUACUUAUCCAAGAAUAUCAAAUAUUUAACUGAUGAAAUCUCGAACUGAUAAUUUUUACUGUAGUGCCACGUAUAUGGAUGUUCUUGCCUAUGUCUCUGGUAUGGCCUUUUGAUUCGGGCAAGCAAAGGAGAAGAAAAUCCUUACGCAAUUGGGAGUUAGCGAAGACUCCCCAUUGUUAUAAAAUAUCAUUACCAAUAUGAAGAUUUACAAGCAAACGUGGCUUAUAUACCAUGCUGCACAAUGAAUCAAGUGAUAUGCCAAGGGAAUAUGUGAUUUGCACUAGAUUACUACGGUCAGUUUGGCUCUACCAGGUGGUGUAAUCCGCCCCCAUCGCCCAGCCGGACGUGUCGCCGACGGUGUACUUGGUCGCCGCCGCCGCCACCACGGCGCAGCUCACGAGGAGCAGAGCUACCAGGGCCAGCGACGAAGCCAUUGCAGCAGCCAGAAUCAAACCAAGAAAGGGAAUUGGCAAUGUGUGAGUUUGUGUUGCUCUGUUGAGAUGCAAUGCAGAGAGGAUUGCAAGCUAGGGCCCUUAUAUGCAUGAAACUGACGAGGUGACGAGAUGAGUGAGUACAACGUCGCAGCAGCUCUUCAGCUGAGAGAGUUGGUGAAGUGGCUUUCGUUGGAGUUGGUUGGGAGCAGGAACCGGUCCAUGCCUUGCAAAACGCAUUGCUUUCAACAGCUGCAACAUCUUUCUCAUGAAUCAUGAUGCACACACGUCGCAUGAUAUUCUUGCAACGAAGCAGAGAAAGAUGAGGAACACAUUAAUUCAACUGGUAGCUUGGCAAUGUCACCAGACUGGCCAUUAAUUUGUUCUACCAACAUUGUCUUCCUUUUAGACCCCAUAAGGACAUUUUCCCCUUAUAAAAAUAGUAAGCAGAGUAUUUCUAUGCUUGCUUAAUCCCUGAUUAGAAUCAGCAAUUUGCAAAUCUUAGCCGCCAUGAAAAAGCCACGCGAAUAAUUGGUGAUCCGAUCAUCAACUUUGGGGGCAGAGUAACAGGUGAUCUAUAGCCGUAGCAGCUGGACGCCUGAACUAAAUAGCAAUAUAUGUUUGGUGACUAGCCAUCUCGUACUGUCAUAUGGGUCAAAGCGAGGAUUUUGCCAAGAGAUUUGAUGAGAGAUUGCAACGGCUUCUGGUUACCGGUGAAGCAAUUGAUUUCUGGUUAUCGGUGAAAGCAAUCUUACUUGCUGAUCCAGUAGUUCUCGAGUCAUUUAUGUGCAAGAGCGACUUGCAACCAGAAAAUUUUCCAGAUAAUGCAACGAGAUGGUCCGGACCCUGUCCCGAAGGCAAAUGGAAGUUUUGGUGGUUGUGUGCAGGAUUCAUCUACAGGAGGUCCAAAAGAUUAAGGAACAAGCUAGCUAUCAAUUCCCGGAGGUCAAUCUCUAAUCCGGUUGGUGAAUGGUGAUCACGUACCUAACAUAAAAAGAUUAGUCUCGCUUUAGGGUUUGGUAGACAAAGGGCAGUUCUGUUGUUAAUCUUGUUUCGUUUGUCAAAGGAGCAUAUGCUGUUCUGUUCUUGUAGUCCCUCAGGUAGGAAGCUUCAGGCUUCAGUUACUACUUUGCUUAUUUCCAGUGAAAUUCUCUGUGCAGAACAGUAGAAAGAUGAGCACAAACCCGGGUUCAGACUUCAGAAGUGUUCCAGUAGUCCAGCCUUCUACACUACUGCCAUGGAUCUAUCAGUCCAUGACAAGAUCAAUAUUUAGUUUGUUGUUUGCAGCACAGGAGAUUGCAUCCAAACAAUGAAGCAUCAUCAGUUGUAUGGGUCAUUUCUUUUCUUCAACUCUAAACUUUGAACUAGCUUAUUUUUUUUUCAAACUGUUAAAUGGUAAUUUUUUAAAGAAAAUCUA